ACAAUUACCGAAGAUUACCGAGCGUCGCUUCUCUGCCUGCAGGACUGAGUGCUCAAGUUUUGAGGAAACUGCGUCAAGUCAACUAAGUUUGGCAAUUGGAUUUGUUGUGAUUUAAAGAUAAGCAGCGAUGGCAGAAACAACUGGACAGGACCUUAAGCAAGAAGUCGUUGAUACUGAUCUUGGAAGGUUCAAUGUUUAUUUGCAAGGCGACCUCGGCCAUGCUGAAGCCAUUAUUCUCACAGUUCAUGACCUGGGAUGUAACCAUACCAUGUACAAUGACUUUGUGAACCAUCCAAGCAUGAAAGAGUUGACCUCUAGGGUGGUCUGGAUUCAUGUGGAUCUGCCUGGACAGGAGGAAAAUGCACCAGAUCUGCCUGCAGACUACCGUUUCCCAACCAUGGCUGAAAUGGGUGGCUGCUUAGGGGUGGUGCUAGACAAAUUGGGUGUGACAAGGCCUGUCAUGUGCUUUGGGGAAGGAGCUGGUGCCAACAUCUUGGCAAGAUUUGCUAUCUGUCACCCCAUGAAAGUGCAUGGACUAUGUUUGAUUCACUGCACUGGAACCACUGCAGGGAUAAUGGAGACCAUGAAAGAUAAAGUGAUGCAGUGGAAGCUAGAUCAUUUUGGCAUGACCCCCUCUACUGCAGCCUACCUUGUCAUGCACAGAUUUGGAUCGACCUGGCAGCAAGAAGGGAAGAAGUUUGAGGCUGUUGAUAAGCAGAUGGAGCAAAUUGUAGAAGACUUCCGGAAUAAACUUAAGAAGGAGGUGAACCCAAAGAAUCUGACCAAAUUUGUGGAUUCUUUUAUGAAACGUUCGGAACUCUUGCCAGACCUUAAAAACAUAACCUGCUUUGUGUUGCUGGUGACAGGGGAGAAGGCCUCCUUUAAUCAUACAUGCAAAACCCUAGAGGUGAAUUUUAGGAAAAGCAUUGAAAACAAGAAAAAACUGGAGUCACUGGAAGUUGAAGGUGUAGCUAAUGUUAUUGUGGAGAGACCUGAGAAACUCGCAGAGGCCUUCUUAUACUUCAUGCAAGGUGCAGGUUUAGUGUCAGGGAUACCAAUGGUACGCCAUUGAGAGCUAGGCCAAUUCCCAGUGUCACCAUAACAUACAUACAAUGCUAGGAACACUGUAUAGAUAUGUUAUAGGGUUCACAGUAUACAUGAUCUACCACACCUGGACCAGCAGUUGACUUCUAUGUUUCUUAUUGUGCAGACAGGCAAAAUCAUUCUUAUAUUUAAGGGCAUUAGAUCAUGGUGUAUAGAUUUGUUGGUAAUCCAGUUAAGAAAAGAUUUCAUUUUUACUGUCGGCAUUUAUCCACAUUUGAAAACACAUAUAUUUAUUUAAAUUUGUAGAAAUGUAAUGGUUUUGCCAGUCUUUUUCACAUUACAUAUUUUAUAAACAACACUUUUAUAGUAACAUAACUUUUUUAUGCAAAUCGGUUAGCAAUUUUACAAGAAUCAUUUCAUAACAGGAUUCAAACACUUACCUUUAUGCAAAGAAAUCCAUGUUGAUUUUAAAAUACAUACAAUUAAAUCUUUACAGGGAAUUAUUCAGGGUCCUCUGUACGCAUGAUAGAAAGUAAUUCAUAACAUUAUUACACACAUCGUAAUCUCUCUGGUAACUUAUUUCAGUGGAGAAUUGAAUAUUUAAUGACAUUUGUUUUACUCAGUAAGUGCUUGCAGUAAACAUAUAAGAUAAUAUUAGUAACUUGGAUGAUGCUUGGUGUUGUUUAUGUGUGUUCUCAUACCAAUAUCACAGGCAUGGUAUUUGUUUUCCAGUUUAGCUUAAUUGCAUUGGUGUAAAGCUUAGCUUUGAAAUUUACCAAACUUUAAACUUAAUUCUUUUUUAAAAAGUUUGUUUUGCUAAAGCAUACUCAUAUAUAUGCUCUAUUUUGCAAUCAAAAUGAUCAGUCGCAGCACUUUUGUAGGUUCUGAAAGGCAUGAAAGUCGUCACCAGAUUGACUCUGUUUAAAACAGCCUGCUGUAGCAAGCACUAUCCUUUGUUUCUGUAUAAGAAGUGUUAUAUCAUAUAAUCAUAUGUAUCUAUGUUUGUUUGUAGCAUAUGUUUAGAUUGUUUGAAUAUCAUAACCUGAAAAAAUGGUUUAGGUUGGUUCUUGAUGCUUUGAAAUAAUAUAAAUGUACCUCUGCAUCACAAAACAAAAUGGUUUCUCUGUUCCCAUGAAACAGUUUGCUCCACUAAGUGGCUCUGGAUAUACAGCGGAAAGUGUACCACAAACAAAGCGUGGCACUAAAAAGACCAGUGGAAUAAAAGUUUUACUUUAACAUUUAAGUGCUAUUAAUAGGAAAAUAAUUGAAGUGCCAUUCAAAAUUUUAUUUCUUAAAAAGUUUGGGAUGCUGUGGAUAUAGUUUUGCUUUUCAACUUGAGUUAUAUCAAUUUUAACUGAUAUAAAGAUUUUCGAUGAUUUGACUGGCAGUGCAGAUCAAUGCAUUAAAUGCUUUUAUUACGAGGAUAUAUAUGUUUAUAUAAUGGUAUUUUCUUUUUAUUAACCUGAAUUAUUAGUUCUAGUUCUGAAUGGUUUGCUUAUACAAAAUUUGUGUCAGACCUUAAGUAGAAGCAAGUAUUAAUGUCAUUAUGCCUUACCGGUGAAUACUGCCCUCUUCUGCACAUUUUGAGUGGUUUAUACAUUUAGAGUACUUUAAUUACAGUAUGUGUGAGAACCAAAACAGUACAUACACCACCAUUUAUUGGACUUGAAUGACAGUAUUGAACAGACUUUUCCAUUUGUGAAUGAACAUAAUGGUCAAGUACUGGUUCUUAAAGUUUUUGGUUUCAGUACAAUGUAUGCAAAGUCAUGUGCAGAAAAGGGAAUAUGACAUCACUGUAAUUAGUAGAUGUAUAUGUAUUGUUUCUGUACAUAGGAAACCCACUGUGUUUAGUGUAUUUGUGUGAUCUAUGGUAUGGAAUAAAUACAUAUUCUUAGUUCAAACUUUGUAGUUCAUUUGUCAUACUUGGUAACUUUUUAUUUAAAAUAGUACCUUAACUGUUUAUUUUUUUUGAAACAAUACAAGUAACUGGAAAGAUGGUAAACAUAUUGUUUGUUUCGUCUAACUACUGGUCCAUGAAGGCUGCUCUUUUUUAUGUGAAUUUGAUUUGAUAGGCCCAUGCGAACAAGGCUGGGAUGAAUACUUUACUAGAAGUUUUGUGGUAAAAACUGAGUUACAGUUCACGUAAGAAUAAAAGGGAAUGUGCUGAUGAGCACUUGGCAUUUGAAGCAUUACGUUUAUGAAAAUAUGUAUUGAAGUUAACAGCAAUGUGUAAGAAUAGAAUGUAUUAAAGCAUAUGGCAUUUGAAGCAUUCUGUUCAUAUGUACAUGUACUGAAGAUAACACCACCACCAUACUGGUAGAUACAGUAGCUGGGAUUCAAAUGGAAACGGCAAAUUUUUUUAGCAGAUGGAAUUCAUGAAGGAAAAUAAUUCACAGAAUGUUUGUUCAAGAUUCAGGCUAACAUGUGCAGUUUGUGAAUUUGUAGUAUUUUUUGUAGUAGAUAGACUUGUAGUUUUGUGUGAAUUUCUAAAAAUUUAUUUGCAUGUUCAUUUUCUUAUCUUAAAGGAUUGAAAAUGGCAUAUAGUGGGUAGUUAGAGAGCAGUUUUAUGAAGGUCUGAUACACAACCUCAAAAGCAAUUCUCAUCUAAAGCUUGUGCAUCAAUCAUAUACGAGUAUUUGAUACAAAGGGAAAGAUACCUUUCCCAUUUAGCAUCCACCCUUUACUAAUUCUGUACUCCUAAAAAUGUUUUGUGCCGCUGCAUAUACAUUUGUAACACUCUUUGCCAAAUAUCCAUGUUUCUGUGGAAACAAGCAAGAUUAAGCCUCAGAAAUUGAUCAAGAACAGAUGGUAGACAGACGAAAAUUCCCCAAGAUGUAUUCAGCAGUCAAAGUACUUCCUUAAAUCUGAUCAUUUAUAAAAUUUUUGCCUAUUUUGGGGGGAAAUUAAUCCAUUUGCCUCCCCCCCCCCCCUUGCAUAUAAUUCUUUGAGGUUGUGCCUUAGAUCUUUACAAAGUUGGAACCCUUCAGGAAAGGUCAUAGCCUAACUACUAACUGCAUUUUAGCUGGUUCACUGUAACAAUGGUGCAUAAUAGGAUGACAAGGCUUUUACACAUGCACAAUGUAUUAGAUAGUGGGUUUAGCUUUUUUCUCAACAUUUCUUACAUUUGACAAGCAGGAUUCUGAGAAGCCCCAGAGAAACAGGUUUGCAGUCUUGAUGACUACAUUUUUGUGUGACUACAUUUGGGAUGGGGCAUAAUUUAUGCUACUGACUAAAAAUCUAUAGUGGUUUCCUUUUAUUGAUUAACCAAUCCUUUCUAUUGUAAAACAGUCCAAUUAGUAGGUAGUAGUAGGGGUUGUUGAUGGAAAGGUUUAAUACAUUUUAUUUUAUAUAGAAACCUCAUAGAAAUUUUAACUUUUUUACCAAAUCAUGUUACAAAUGAAAAAUCAACACGGAAAACUAGUGCUGUAAUGGCAGGUAGUGACUGAAAUGAAACCAACUGAUUAGUCUCCCAUUUCUUGAUUGAGAGUUUGUAAUUAAACAAAUUUUACUUACCUUGCAGGUCCGUAGCCAGCAAUUUCAAAAGGGGGGUUCUUUUUCUGAAAAAGUGGCCUGUUGCGGUGAAACCUUCAUGUAACUUGAUAAAAUUUAACCCAUAGGGGACCUUUUCCUGGCAAAAAGGAGGGGGGUCUUUACCCUUGGCUACAGGCCUGCCUUGGAUCCAAUGUUCCCAGUAUAUAUAUAUGAUGACUAACAAUGCACGUGCUGGAUAUUUGUAGCUCAUAAUUUUAGUUUUUACACCUGUAGUUCUAAACAGGUUGAUUUUCCACUAAACUGCAAGAUAUGUUUGACAUACUCUGAGGGGCAUUGAACACACUUAAUUAGUGGUAAACCUUGGUAGAAAUGUGUGGGUUUUGUAUUUAAUCUUAAUUUUUGUUUGUUUUAGGAAUGCUGAGAUGUACUAACAAACAUUUUGUCAUUUUCAGCUUCACAUUUGUUUCCUUGCAGUGGUUUGUUGUUUGGCAGGGUUUUGAUAUUUGCCCAUUAAUACCUCCUCUGUUACAUUAACUGAUAAUUUUGGAUGCAAUAUUGUUCAGAGUGAAAUUUCGUUGUUUUUUUUUUGUUUUUU